ACUCCUUUGGCUUUGGGGCUAUCUGAAGACAAGUGAGCAGAGAAGGAAAGCCAUGAGUACCAUUUCCAAGGAUUCCUUGAAGACUUCCCUGUUGCAGUUAGAAUGUCAUUUUACGUGGGCUUUGCUGAAGAAGCAUGUAAGUCUUGAGGCCCUAGAGGAAACCAUACUUAAUCAUAUCAAGUUUUUGUCAGAAUAUGAGAUUAAAGAUUAUAAUAUGCUCUCCUAUGUAAAUCACCUAAAGAAUUCAAAUGAGAAAGCCCUGGAAAACCUCAAAAAAGCUGAAGAAGCUAUUCAAAAACGUCAUCCGGAUGAAAUUGCCAGGAGAAGUCUUGUUACCUGGGGGAACUAUGCCUGGAUCUAUUACCACAUGCAGAGAUAUGAAGAAGCUCAAACUUACGUAAGCAAAGUGGAAAACAGCUGCAAGAAGCUUUCAAGUACUGCUCAUGGGAAGAUGCAGCUUCCAGAGAUCUACGCUGAGCAAGGAUGGGCAUUAUUGCGUUUUGGGAGGAAUUACUUUGCGAGGGCAAAGAAUUGCUUUGAGCAAGCUAUGGAGAGUGAGCCCGAUAACCCAGAUUUUAAUGCUGGCUAUGCAACAGCCAUGUAUCGCUUGGAAGGUGACUCUCAGUGGUUUGGUGGAGAGCUAACACCAUGCCUCACUGCCCUGAGGAAGGCAGUGGAACUGAAUCCACAGGACACUACUUUAGCGGCAUUACUUGCAUUAGAACUUCAGCGAUUACAUCAAGGUCAUAAAGGGGAGAGGUACAUUCAAGAAGGACUGCAGAAAACCCCUGACUUUCCUGUUUUCCUGCGACAUGCUGCUAAUUUCUACAGAAAGAAAGGAGAAGUGGACAAGGCAGUGGAGAUUUUGAAGAAGGCCCUAGCACUGACGCCAAACUCUGUCGUUCUGCAUCACCAACUAGGACUCUGCUACAAAUUCAAGGCACUUCAAUUGAAAAAGACAAGACACUCACCUCAAGAGGAAAUGGCAAAUUUUAUGCAGCUUGCCAUUUUUCAUCUUAAAACAGUGAUUGACAAAAAGCCAGUAUUUUUUUAUGCUUAUAAUGACCUAGCAAAAACAUAUGCAAUAAGCAAGAGGUAUGAAGAAGCAGAAGAGAUAUAUCAGAAAGUGCUUCAGAAAAAUGAUAUGGCAUGUGAAGAAAAACAAGAAAUCUACUUGAAUUAUGCCCAUUUUCAGCAGUUUCACAUGAAGUCAGAAUCAAAAGCCAUUAAAUAUUACAUAGAAUGUCUGAAAAUUGAAGCAGGUUCCUAUGCAAGAGAAAAGUGCAGUGAAGCUGUGGAGACAUUAUUGAAACAGAAAAUUGAGAGCGGUUUAGGAGAUGCCACCGAUAUUGGUACACUUGGACUUGUUCAUAACCUAAAUGGUAAGAAACAAGAAGCGAUUGAAUGCUAUGAGAAAGCCAUUGCUUUGGAUCCCAACAAUGAAGAAUAUCUGAAUACAUUAGCUGAUCUACAACUUUCCAUCUCAAGCUAAAGCUCACAAAAAUCCUGUGUACCAAAA